CGUUGAUUGAUAGCAACAUAACACUUAGUAGUUGCUAUUCCUUUGUUCAAUGAUGGCUGACUCUGCAGAGACAUCUCCAGAAGAACACGCACCAAAAGAUUUGUUUACAAACCGCGAAUUUGCAUUCACUCUCCAGGGAGACGUGUAUCUAUGUUAUAACUGCUUUUUGAAUGCAGAAGAACUCAGAAAGCAAGCAGCAACAAUCUUUUUGCAUCUGGGCGCACUCAAUCCGACGUGUUUCGAGAUCGGGCCCAUGUACUCAUCUCGGCGGAAAUUGGCGCGGUCUGUAAAGUCUGGGAAGCUCUUCACCCUGUUAAAGUGCGAGCUGGUGUUCGAUAUUGAUAUGACUGAUUAUGACAGUGUGCGCACAUGCUGCACAUCAGCAGGAAUAUGUAAAUGCUGCUGGGCAUUCAUCGCCAACGCUGUGCGCGUCCUUGACUCAGCCUUGCGCACGCAAUUUGGAUAUCAUCAUUUGUCAUGGGUAUACUCGGGCUGUCGCAGCAUCUAUUUAGCUGUGGUUGGGGCGCUUACUGUAAUAGAAGGAGGUGAAUGUAAGAGGCGUGACACGAAGAGCCACCCCAGAGAUUUGCCACCUCCUCUGAUGUGGUAUCAAUUGUCGGAUAAUCAAAAAUGCUUCCUGUCCAAGGACGGCUGGCAAAUGCUGCUUAAACUGGUUCCGGACAAGAAAAUUGUCGAGACUCUCGAGGAGCGAUGGGAGAAACAACCCGGUAUCGAAUCGUCGAAGAAAUGGAAUGAGCUGAAGGCAGGGACAUUAUUCUGCAAUUCAUGCCUAGAUGCCGAAGUAUCCAAGCACCGAAACCAUCUUCUCAAAGUACCACUCUGUGUCUGCGUCCCCAUUGACCCAAACCAUGUGAAAAAUUUCGACCCCAAUGCAGUUCCCAAAGUUAUGCAGCUCCUUCAAGAGCUUGACAAGGCAGGCGAGGGUGCAAACUGGGAGCAUACAAGUCUCAAGCCGAGAGAAUGGGCAAAAGCUGUGCUUCAACACGGUGCGUGGAUUUUGGUGUAUUUUAGGACCAUUCAGAUUUUUGUCUCAUUUUACAGCAAU